GUACAUCCACCACCCUCAAACAUCUCUAACGUAUUUCGGCAUUGCUAUAACUAAUGGACUAUUACACUGGCGAUCCGAGGCCCCCACGCUUCAGCUAUCCGCCACAACCGCCCUCGCCACGGUCCCGCACUCGACCGUACUCUCCCGAGAGGAGAUCAGUGCACGAUGAUUCGGAGUACCAUAGACGGAGCGAAUACGACGAUCAUUCCGCAAACGUUCCCCAAAAGCGUCCUGCAGAGACAGAAUCAUCAUUGUCUCAACAGGCUGCUGCCCGAAGCCAGCCCAAAGCACGUACAGAAUCCUCUUCGUCGUCCACAAAACCCAACGUGAAAAAAGAGGCCGGAGGGCCUGAUCAGCAGGGCCCAAGGCGAGCUGCCCAGGCAUGCUUACGCUGCCGAAAGCAGAAACUCAAGUGUAUCGGUGGAUGGCCGUGCAACAGGUGCACAAAGUCGAAGAAUAUUUGUGACUUUGGUCGGCCAGGGAUGGGUCCUCCCGCGCGUGAAGGGGGGACAUCGGAAGCGAACGCUCGGCUCGAGCAGCUAGAAAGUAGCGUUGCAAACCUUCUCGCUGGUCUUGCUGGCAGUUCAUCCAAUAAAUAUCCUAACCCUGAGGUUCUUCAUACUUUCGACCCAGCUCAGCGUCGAGCUGAAUCCAUCUCUGAACAAGGGAACACUCCCUUCCCGCCUUCGGCGCCAGGACAAUGGAAUCCCAGCAUUCCACCGCCAACCCACGUCAGACCUCUUGAUCCUCCUCGUGUUGGAGCGGCAGCAGUACCUCUCGGUGCGCCUGGAGCAUCAGCUUCGCCAGACGACCCGACAGUUCAGCAUCACGUAAGAUUCACGUCGUCUCCUCAUCAAACGUUCAUUCAGCACGGUUACUCGCCAUCUAACUUUUCCUCAAAUGGUACGGGUCCAAGUCCUGCAAGUGGCAUUGGAAGCUACGACUCGAGCGGGCUUAGAAGUGACCGAAAGAAGGCCGGAGGGAAGAGACAAAAGGCCGAAGAGAGACUUGCUACUGCUACAGACCAAGACUUUGAUGAGGCUCCCUUCAAGUCGUUAGUGUACCAGCCGUCAGUAUGGGACAACCGAGAAUCCUCACGUAGAAAUUCUCCUCAGCCAAGCCAAUCAUCAGCAAGUAGAGAUGAACCAGGACCAGGAUACUAUGUUCGGCGAUUUAUGCGUGAUCGAGAUGAUCCUGUCAACACGGAGAUUGUUGAACCACGUAUGGCAGAGACUCUAUUCAACUUCUUCAUUGACCAUUGUCACCCAUUCCUUCCUGUGGUUAAUGUCGCCCUUGAUGACGCUUUCAACACUAUCCGUCAAUCGCCCUUUUUAACAUCCGCGAUUCUUGCAGUUGCGGCCCGUUUCUACAUUCGUUACACAUCGCGCAAUCCCGGCUCUUUCCCUACUCUCGACCCCUCCGUUCCCCCACGCCUCGCGAAUCUCGCCGAAGCACAUCUUGCCAAUACUCUCCUUCGAAAACAGCACGCUCUUUCCGACGUUCAAGCUGUCAUGCUCCUCGCUGCCUGGGGUCUUGAGUCUGGUGGGCGGGGACCUGACGCGUGGGUUGUGACGGGGCAUGCUGCAAGAAUUGCAAGGCGUCUGGGAGUGCACAAGAUUUUGGCGCGGGCUGCUGAGGCGGCGAGGAUUACAAGACCGGAAACGGAAGAUUGGAGCAAGUUGGAAGCAUUCAUGCCACAAUGGAGAACAUGGUUAUGCUGGUUCUGCUUUGAUGGGUUUUUGUCCCUUGGUUUUGGCCGUCCACAGUCCACUCAGUUUGAGACAGUCGACGAGCAAGGGUUCUUGCAGAUUCGCUUGAACCAAACUCCCCCGCGACCGGGCACUACGCCGUCCAUGUCUCUCUAUGGCGAUGUGUACAUUGCUGGUCAAGUGCAGCUUACUCAAAUCGGACGAGACUUGAUCAACUGGGGUGAGAUGCUGGCAGAUCCCAAGGGUGCUUCUUGGGCCGACCCCAGAAGGGCUCAAAUCUUUCAUGGCAAGGAGUUGAGUGUGAAGAACAUGUUCAAGGAAUUGAACGGCAGGCUGGAUGAGUGGUGUAAGCUUUGGAUCUGGAAUGUUGGGUCACCGUACUCCCUUUACCUCGGCUCUUCGGCACGCAUCGCGCGUCUGCAAGCUGACCAUAUGCGUCUCUGCUUGAACUCCUUCGCGCUUAAAUCGUCACCUGAUGAGGAUGACUUUGUUGCCGAGUGUUUGAAGAAGGCUUUGAAUGCGGCGAUGACGACUAUCCAGACGCAUUAUGAGUCGAGCCAAACCGAUCUUGCCUUGAGCUUUGCGACGGAUUAUCUUACCAUCACCCUCGCCCAAGCCGCCAUUUUCCUCGUUCGAAUCGCUCAGGCCGAUUCCUCUGUCCAGGCUAUCCUAAAGAUCGAACCUUCUGUCAUCGCCCAUUAUCUCAAAAUGAGUAUCGACCUUCUCCAGACAGGCGAGUUGUCCGAGACAAGGCUAUCGACUUAUCUCGCCAAGACGAUCCGCGAUAUCGCACGCGCCGCAGGGAUCAAUGGCCUUGGGCCGAGAGAUAGUGCAGAGGAUUCUGGUUGGGAAUCGAGACCACAGUCUGCUCAUGGGUCUGGGACCUCGGCAACAGGUGUUGUUUCCGGCUCUGGCCAGGCAACGGGAGCGUUGGGAGAUGGUGCGGAUAACGCCCCACCACCUGAAUUGCCUUUCGACAUGGACACAUUCCUUCAGUUUGAAUCCCAGCUCGACCUCGGCUAUCUUCUUGGCUUGCCGGGCGACAGCGGUGCUUUUUCCGUUGCGAUGGGUACCAAUCAAGGUGCGCAAAAUGGGAACGGGAUCGACAACGGCGCUGGGACGCAGGGAGUACAAGGGGUGUUGGAUGCAGCUGGGGAAGUGUUCAAUGAGUUUGGCUUUGGAAUGGCCGGGAUGGCGAUGGGGUACGGGGGAUUGCCUUUGUUGCCGUCGCCUGCUUCAGCUGCGGCGUCAGUGCCAGGUGGGAGUCAGCAGCAGCAUUCGGCGUCUGGAGGCGAAUGGAGCAUGAAUGGCGGGGCGAUGUCACAAGAGCAGGAGACGGGGAUGCGAAUGUGAUAUUUGUUUUCUUCAGAUUCUUGGUUUUUUUUUGGUGGGAUACUACACGAUUCUCAAUAAAUUUAGUGGAGAAGGGAAAAGGCCUGACCUUCACAGCCAAAAUUAUAAUCACUGGACCUUGAACAACAUGCGACACAUAAGAGUCUGCAUACUACACAACGGCUACAUAUACACAACAAAUACUGUCCCCAGUAGCCAUACUAGAAGACUUUCCCAGACGAAGCAACCUAUGAAAAGAG